UUGAAUUUAAAGGAAGUAAAAUUUACCCACUCGAAUCCCAGCAUGCAACGUGAUUCAGCGCAUGGUGAAAUGGCGGCGUCCUAGAUGCGGUGCAAAGAACUACUGAUCCUUUAAAAGCAUAUGGUUCCAAUUAAUGCUAGACACAAUGGCAGAUGGACCAACGUCACCUAAGAGGGUGUGCCUCAAGAAAGAGGAGAUAGAAAGUCUGCCAAGAGAUGAACUGCUAAUAAGAUGGAAAGAACAGGAAAUGUAUGUGAACUUCCUGGAAGAGAAAUCAAAAUCGCUUUCUUCACGAGAUGAUAGUAAGGAGUCUGAAGAGAAGCUCAAACAGCAGCAUAUAGAAGCAGCCCGCCGUGAAAACACCCUGGUGAUGAGACUUACAUCCAAAGAACAGGAGCUUCAGGAAUAUAUGAACCAGAUCCAGGAGAUGAAGCAGUCUCAGUCCCCAAGUACAGCCCAGCUGAGGUCCAUGCUGUUAGAUCCCGCUGUAAACCUCGUCUUUCUCCGCAUGAAGAAAGAGAUGGAAGAAAGCAAGGAGAAACUGGAACAAACUCAAAAUGAACUCAGUGCCUGGAAGUUCACACCCGACAGUCAAACAGGAAAGCGUCUGAUGGCCAAGUGUCGCAUGUUACAUCAGGAGAAUGAAGAGCUGGGCAAGGUGUUGUCCUCCGGGCGAAUCGCUAAGUUGGAGGGAGAGAUUGCUCUGGAGAAAACACUUGUACAGGAGAUGAAGAAAAGUCAAGCAGAACUGGAUGAGUUUCUUGGGGAGAUAGAUGAGGAUGUGGAGGGAAUGCAGAGCAUGAUAUGUGUGCUACAGAAACAGCUGAAGGAAGCCAAGGAGCGCGUGUCUCAGCUCCAGGAAGAAAAUGAACUGCUGAAAACUGACAGCAAAGUGGAGGCAGCAGUGGGACGGGAACCCACAGACUCUGAGCUGAGGGCAGCCAGUGGUUCCCCGGACAGGCACUCAAACCACAGCUCGCAGACCUGGCCCACAGAGGUUGUGUCAGAACCACACCGCGAGGCUGAGGAAAUUCGCAGCCUGUCUGAGGCUGCAGUCACAGACAACCAUGUCACGGACAAAAGUGGUAGUAUAGACACAGAGGAAGAGGACAUGGAGAUGGACUGCAAAGAGGAGCAGCUCCCACAGUGUGAACCUGCUCAUCUGUCCUCGCCCCAACCCUCAUUAGAGCACUCUGACCAUUUAACUGCUAGUUCUAAUCACACCUCGCACCUCGGGGCAGUCAGCCCUAGUGCUGACCCCCCUAGAGACCCCUUAGACCCCUCCUCCCCGGACACGAGGACUUCCAGUGGCCCAGAGGCCAACUUGUCAGGAGUAAACGGGGAGGAAGUUAGGACUAGCAGGACAAAGGAUGAGAGAGAGCAUGAAGCUGGGGAACAGACCAGUGAGGACUUAGUACACAAUGGCAUCAAGGAGACAUGGCAGCAAGCUGAGGGCACUGUGUAAAAAUUAUUGUGGUUGCAUGAUUUAAUUAGUCCUAGACCUGAGUGACAUCGUGGAUGGC